UUCCUGGCAACAGAUUCCCAGAUUAUUGAUAUUAUUGAUUGUUGGAUACAUCGAUUGAUCGUCUGCUUCUCCCAUCAUUCAGGUUUGAAUCUUGUUAUCACACUGUGGUUUGUAUUCAGUAUGUCUUGUGUUCAUUACAGGUUUCAGAGUCGACUCACCUACGACUCGCUCCAGUUUGAGGGCCUCAACAUCACUGCGGGAGAGCUGAAGCGGCAGAUCAUGAGGCGCGAGAGGCUGAAGUUCUGCCAGCUGAAGAUCAGCAAAGCCCAAACUGAUGAAGAAUACACAGAUGAUGAUGCUCUCAUCCCCAAAAACACGUCGGUCAUCAUCAGACGGGUCCCUGCGGCUGGACUGAAGUCAUCAAACAGAAGAUUUGUUGGACAUCAAGCUGGAUUAUCAGCCAAAUCUUCUCAAACAGGUGAUUCUUCACUCCUCUCACUGGAGCAGCUGUUGAAGGGCAGCAGCUCUGCUCCGCACAAGCGCAUCAGGAGGAGCACAGGGAUUCCCCGCAGCUUCCUGUUGGAGGUGGACGACCCAAACCGAAAGGGAGUCAUGAUGGACGGCAGCGGCAAAUACGUCAUUCCCAUCAUAGACGCUGAGGCCUAUGCUGCUGAGAAGAAAAAGAGGCCUUCCUUCUGCCAGACCAAGCCGCUGCCCUCCUCUUCCUCAGCUGGUGCAGCAUCUUCAGUCCAGGACGCCAGAGGGAAACGUUCCCGUUCCCCAUCUCCACCAGAGACGCACGGCGACCAGAAGAGACCACGUCACUGAGAGACCUUCACCCAAGAGACCUGGAGCCGACGUGAGCACAGUGUAUAUAUUGUACAUAGUUUAUGAAUAAAACUGAAUAAAGAUUAUAGCAGCA